GAAUUUCAGCGGCGUUUCGGACCGAACAGCCGCUGGGACUGAAACGCCGGGCCCAUGGGAUGGCUGCGCUUCUUUCGCUGCUGUCGCCGGAGGCCGCGCAUGCCCCGGGUUUGGCGAUCGGCGGCGGCGACGGUCAGGUCACCUGCGCAGGCACAGCAGGCGGCACGAUGUGACGAAGGCAGAAGUGGGGCUUGGCUCGCAGGGCGUCGGACUGCUGGCGGUGGCCCCGUGGAAAGCGCUCCCCCGAACUACUAUGACCACUCCAGUCGCGCGGAGGACUUGGCCAGCUUGGACCACGACCCACAGAGGUGGCGGGAGGACUUCCAGAGGGCGGGGGACGGCAAAAAGAACCCGGACAUGUUCGUCAUCCGGAAGAUGCGGAAGGUGAUCUGGCUUCAGACAGAGAAGUGGAUCAGCAACAACUUGCGUCAGCUGCCACCGGUGAUCACAUACAUUUGGCCGGAAGAGGGCGCCGGGACAAUGGUGAGCGAGUUCGCACCGGAGGUGGAGGUUGUGGAGCAGGACAUCCUGGAGCAUGCGCAGGAGCUUGCCAGGUCCCACCGCGUGGCAGUGCUGAACAUGGCCUCGGCGGCCCAGCCGGGGGGCGGCUUCCGUGAGGGCGCCGGCGCGCAGGAGGAGAACCUGCACCGCCGCAGCGACCUCGUUCGUUUCCUCGACACACGCUGGUACCCGCUUCCGGAGGACAAGUGCCUUGUGUCGAAGGAUGUGACAGUGUUCCGGGGCUCCGAGAAGGAAGGGUACCCAUUCCUGGAGGCCUGGGCGAGCGGGCAGCUUGCAUGUUCCCAACCGAAGGAGAAGUUCUACGUGGACUUUUUGACCUGCGCCGCGGUGAGGUAUCCCCAUGUGCACGUGGAUCACUGCGGCUGCAGGUAUAAAUACCCGGACGACGAGGAGAGCAUGCGGAAGAAGGCUCGCGCCAUCCUGGGCGCCGCAACAGCUGCACACUGCGACGCCGUGGUGCUGUCGGCCUUCGGGUGCGGCGCCUUCGGCAACCCGCCGGAGGAGGUUGCGCGCGUCUUCCAGGAGGAGCUGAGAACAGCAUGCCUGAAGAAGGUGAGUUUUUGCAUCUUCAACGACCACAACAGUGGGCGGCGGCACAACCCCCGAGGCAACUUCAUUCCGUUCAAGGAGGCCUUCGCCAGACGCGAAAGGUCCAUGGAUCUCUGAGGGGGAUCUCGGAGCGACCCAAGGGCGCUCGAGGGCCCCAAGGCCCUCGGCUCCACAUCCGGCCGGCGACAUCGCCCUCGGCUGGCGCGCCUGCCAACAAUCAUGGCGCCUGCAUCCCGCCAUGAUGGGUUGGAGGCGUGCGUCUUGAGGCGAUGGCGGAACUCUU